AUGAAAAGACAAUUAUUGAAAAGAAGAGAUGGAAGAGAAAGAAGUAUGGACAUAAGAAAUAAAGAAGAAGGAGGGAUGAUAAAAAAAGUUAAAGAGAUGUAUUAUUCAAUCACAAGAACCAAACCAAGUAUCAAAGUUGGAGAAAAAGCACCAAAGAUACGUGGGAAAGCAUAUUACAAAGGAGAAAUAAAAGAAUAUGAAAUGGAAGCAGAGAAAGGGAAAUAUCAUGUGAUUGGAUUUUAUUGUAGAGAUUUUUCAAGAGUUUGCCCAAGAGAAAUUAAAGAGUUGAGUGACAAUAUUGAAAAAUUCAAAGAAUUAAAUGCAGAAGUGAUUGGGGUUUCAGUAGAUUCAGUAGAAACACACAAAAGAUUAUGUGAAAGAAAAGAUGAAAAAGGAAUAGGAGAAAUAGAAAUUAAAUUAAUAGAAGAUGUAAACCGUCAAAUAUCAGAAAGUUAUGGAUUACUUUCUAUUAUAGGAGUAUCUAAUAGAGCGACAGUCAUUGUUGAUGGUGAAGGAAUUGUUCGUUCAGUUAAUAUUCAUUCAAUGAUUACAGGAAGAAAUGUCACAGAAAUAAUAAGUGAUUUAAAUAGAAUAGUAACAAACGAUAAAAAGAAGAAACAAAACUAA